AUGGAGGUUUCCUGUGAGGCUGAGGGAGCCGACCAAAAGACCUGCAGUCCCCAGCCCGCCCAGCUCGUCGAACGAAUGAAUCUCCGCAUCUCCCUGUGGCCGUGCGACCCCGAGCCCUUCUGGGCGGAAUGGUGGGUCGGGCGCUUCGAUGCCACCGCUCUUCCUCUGACCAUCUAUUUUGACUUCGUCAAAGCAUACGACUAUGGCUACGUUACAAAGGGUACAACACUCGCUUUCCUCGACGACGGUCACAUAUCAAGGACUUGUGUCAUGAGUCUCUCUCUCUCUCUCUCUGUGUGUGUGUGUGUGUGUGGCACGCUCAGGUUUCACGUUAAGGUGGAUUGACGAGUUCGACCACCUCAACACGACUCGGUGGGAGAUCGGCGCACACACGUUCGACGUGAAUUACGCACACUUCACGCCGGACAACGCCGUCAUCGUCAAGUCGGAGGACCACGACCCUACGUCUGACGGCAGCUACCUGGCCCUGUCCAUGACCGAAAAGGGCAGAAAAGUCAACCCAUCACCCCCGAGCUCGAGCAUUCCUCACGACGAGCUCAACGUGCUGCCCGUCACGCAGGUCUACAACGAUUGGGACCCCCCAGCAAAGACCUACCUUCUCGAGGGCAAAGUGUGCGAGACAGUGGGCGUCAUGAACGCACCCGGCAAGCGAUACUCGGGAGGAUUCGGCUCCUUUACGACCGAGAUAGCCGACGAGAGCGACUCCCUGCAGAAGUGCGCGGCCAUGUGUGUGGAGCACUACAACAGCAGUGUGUGCCGCUUCUUUUCGGUCUUCUCGGCCAACUCCACCCUCUACUGCAGCGGCUUCCAUGCCCCUGAGGUGCGGCUUAGCUAGCAUAUGCAGGCUUCCUUGCAUAUGUCUUGUGUGUCUACUGCAGCGGGAGAUCGAUGACCCAACAGCAAUGAGCGGGGUCGUCUGCUCGUCGGCUCACCGCCCCGAGGUGGCCACCACCCCCGCCCCCAUGGCCGAGAGCGAGCCCGAGGAGGACGAGCCACUCUUGCUUUUGGAGGGCGAGGAGGAGGACACCGAUGAGACAGCCACAAGACAACUACAGACGGAUGCGUCCACCGACGCAUCUGGACACAUCGGCGAGACCGCGACCAAGAUGUUCUCUUCUGCCGCCAAGGAGGCCGCCGACAUGACUGAGAUGGCCCUUGACCAGGAGGCGGCGACAGAGGUCGAGGAGGCUCACAUGCCCAUCUGGAUCAUCUUGGCCGUCACUGUAGCUGCUGUGCUGGCGGUCGCCACCUUUGGUCUGUUUGUGCCUCCUUGUGUGAAGAAGAGGCGAGCUGAAACCAAGGCCGGGGCGGUGGAGAAGGCUUGCAUCAAUACUUUCACGCCGCAGAGCGUGACCAGCAGGGUGUAGGGCGGGGAUGGGCAGUCAUUUAGGAGGUCCGCUGUUCUUCCCCUGCAAUGACACAAAUGACCGAGGCACAGUCACACAUGGCGACUGCCGUCUUUUUGCAGUUGGGGGUGGAUUAGUUCUGCACGGAAUGGGGGAAUGCGGGCGCAUAUGGUUUUGCAUGGAAGAUAAUUUUACAGACAGACCUGUUUGGACACAUCUGUCUGCUAGUGCCGCUGAUGGCUGACAGAUAGACAUGGUCGAAAGGAGUUUGAAUCUGAAUAGGAGGGAGGGAAGGGGGACAUUACCCGAUAGGCUUCGGCAAUGGAUUGAUGUGGGUCCCAUUGUGGGAACUUUUGUACGUGCGUGCCGGUAGGAUGGACUGCCUCGGUCAAGUGCAGUACCGUGGGCGACCGACAGUCAGCAGUUAACUCUCGUGUGGCGUGGGGUGUGGCUGGUUGGCUGCUUGAUGACCUGCUUCGUGGUGCCCUGUAGGGGCCUUUUCUCGUACGACCAGCCGGGCUGUAUGGAAUCGUAUGAGUUUAUGAUGGAUGUUUCUUUCAUCUGUACAGGAAGGACAGGAGUUGCCCUAUUUUGGGGAAGGAUUCACCCGGCAGGCUGACUUUUCUCCUGCUACUCCGAUCUUGGUGGCGUGUGUGAUGGCUCGUGAGGCCCCUUCCUGCUAUAUGUCGUCUGACCAACAUCUGGUCUGGACGAUGGUAACACGACUGAAUGAAUGAAGGAUCUGCCUGGUUGUUGUCUCGUCGUCUUCUCUAUCCUGUCGAUUCCUUCUUUGAUUCAAUGUUGGACGUCAAGACUCUCAACAAUUGCAACAGCCAGCGUCUCGACAGUUCUCG